AUGAAGCCGAAGAUCAACAAGGCGUGCGACCUCGCCUCCAUCUCCGUCCUCCCUCCCCGGAGGAAUCGGGGGAGCGGCGGUGGCGGGGCCAGCGCUUCCGCGUUGGCCGCGGCGGCGUCGCAGCAGCGGUCCCGAUCGAUGUCACAGAAGUCCUUCUCACAGGGAGGGGGUGGGUCGUUCUCGCAGAGCAUCGGCGCGUCCUUCUCUCAGGGCGGAGGCAGCGGAGCCGUGUCCUUCUCUCAGCGCAGAGGCGGCGGUGGCGCGCUCUUCUCGCAAGGCAGCGGAGGAGCGGCGUUCUCUCAGGUCGGUGGGGCCGGAGGCGCGGCGUUCUCUCAGAUCGGUGGAGGUGGAGGCUCUUCUCUCAGGGCGGAGCUGACGGAGGCGCUGCCUUCUCUCAGGGCGUAG